AUGUAUAGUAUGAUGAUGGAGACUGACCUACACUCCCCAGUGCCCCAAACGAACACGAAUUCGGGGCACACGGGAGGAUCAAACAAUGGGAACAAAGUCAACCAAGACCGCGUAAAGAGACCGAUGAAUGCCUUCAUGGUUUGGUCCCGGGGCCAGCGGCGGAAGAUGGCUCAGGAGAACCCCAAAAUGCACAACUCCGAGAUCAGCAAGCGGCUCGGCGCCGAGUGGAAGGUGAUGUCCGAGGCGGAGAAGAGACCCUUCAUCGACGAGGCGAAGCGGCUACGAGCUAUGCACAUGAAGGAGCAUCCGGAUUAUAAAUAUAGACCGAGACGGAAGACCAAGACACUGUUAAAAAAGGACAAAUACUCUUUGGCCGGUGGGCUGCUCACCGGGACAGGGGGUGGGGGUGUCGGUCUAGGGAUGAGCCCUGGGGUCGGCCAGAGGUUAGACAGUCCCGGGGGUCACGGUGGUGCGUCUGCUGCCAGCUACGCGCACAUGAACGGCUGGGCGAACGGUGCGUACUCGGGGCAGGUGGCUGCAGCUGCGGCGGCCGCGGCCAUGAUGCAGGAGGCUCAGCUCGCCUACAGCCAGCACCCGGGCAGCGGGCACCACCACCACUCACACCACCACCACCCGCACAACCCCCAGCCCAUGCACCGCUACGACAUGUCGGCCCUCCAGUACAGCCCCAUCUCGAACUCUCAAAGCUACAUGAGCGCCUCUCCGUCCGGCUACGGCGGGAUCACCUACACGCAGCACCAGAGCUCUGGUGUCGCCUCGUCCGGGUCGAUGGGCACGCUGGGCUCUCUGGUGAAAUCGGAACCGAGUGUGAGCCCUCCCGUCUCUACUCACUCGCGCGCCCCGUGUCCCGGGGACUUGAGGGACAUGAUAAGCAUGUAUUUACCGACGGGGGAAGCUGCAGGUGACCCGUCCGUUCAAAGUAGACUUCACGCGCUGCCGCAGCACUACCAGAGCUCCACGACAGGGGUAAACGGAACUGUUCCAUUGACACAUAUUUAG